AUGGCCCCAACCAACGACACGGCGGCACGCGACGGCCAGACCCGGACCCCAACGCGGCGCGUCACUCAACUCACCCAACACCUGGCCCCAGCAGACGAGCCGGGGCAUGCCAGCAACCGUCCUGCUCUCCCCAUCGACUACCCCGUCUCUAGGCUUCAGCUAGAUCAGACCCGACACAUUGAUCAAGUCCGAAGUCUCAAGGUUGCCGUCAUUGGAGCGGGUCUGGCGGGCAUCAAUGCGGGCAUUCUUCUGCCUGCCAAAGUACCGGGCAUCAACCUGACCAUAUACGAAAAGAACAAAGACGUGAGCGGCACAUGGCUUGAGAAUGUCUAUCCUGGUGUGCGAUGCGAUAUCCCCGCACACGUGUAUCAAAGUACCUACUCCCCCAAUACGCAAUGGUCAGAAAUCUUUGCCAAAGGCGCCGAGAUUCGAGACUAUUGGCAAUCGCAAGCAGCCAAGUACGGCGUGUACAAGUACAUCAAGUUACAACACCGCGUAGACGGAGCAGAAUGGGAUGAUGCGCAGUCCCAGUGGCGUGUCAAAGUUCACGAUCUCGUCAAUGAGAAGACGACCGUUGAGACUUUCGACUUCGUCAUCACCGCUAUCGGUCGGUUUAAUGCUUGGAAGCUGCCCGACUACCCAGGCAUCGACGAAUACAAGGGCUUUCUGAGACACACCUCCAACUGGGACUCUUCGUUUGAUCCCAAAGGCAAAAACGUAGCAGUCAUUGGUAACGGAGCUAGCGGCAUCCAAGUCGUACCGAAUCUGCAGCUUGUGGCAAAGCAUGUCACCCACUUUGUUCGGAACCCAACAUGGAUCGCAACGUCUUGGGCAGGGGAUGAACGCACGUUUGAGCCUCAGCCGUACUCAGCAGAGCAGAGAAAGUCAUUCGAAGAUCCCGAAACCUACCUGGCCUUCCGCAAAGACAUUGAAGACCGCUACUGGAGGGGGUUUCGUGCAAUGAUACGGGGUUCAGAGGACAACAAAGGCAUACGAGAAGCCUUCAUCGACGUCAUGAAGAAACGGGCAGCAAAGAAGCCAGAGCUUCUAGACGGAUUAAUCCCAGACUUUGCACCACACUGUCGACGUUUGACACCUGGUCCUGGAUAUCUCGAGUCACUCACCCAAGACAAUGUCACAUUAGUGAAGACACCAAUCAAGCGAUUCACUGCUACCGGAAUCGAAACAUUGGAUGGGGAAACUUUCGACGUCGACGCAAUCUUUUGUGCAACAGGUGCAAACACCGAUCUUGUCCCGCCGUUUCCCAUAAAAGCACACGGAAUUGAUUUGAGCCAAGCAUGGAAGCCGGAGGGCAAAUGGGGCUUCCCAUACACUUACAUGGGACUGGCCACACCGGGCUUUCCGAACCUGUUCCUUCUCGCGGGACCUCACGCUACCGGCCCAUCUGGGACAGUCCCUCAGGGAGUAGAAACAGCUGUCGUGUACUUUGCCAAGGUUCUCCGCAAAGCAUCAUCGCAAGGCAUCAGAUCUUUGGCACCCUCCAAAGAAGCAACCGACGACUUUGUGGACUACUGUGACGCCUUUUUCCCCACCACGGUUUUAACCGACAAAUGCUCAUCAUGGAACAAUGGCGGUUCACCAGGACAACGCAUCCAUGGAUUGUGGCCCGGCAGCGCAGCACACCUCACCAUAGUACGGCGCGAACCGCGGUGGGAGGAUUGGGAAUACGAUCGCGAGAAUAAAGUCAAUCGAUUCGCAUAUUUUGGUAACGGGUACACGCAAGCAGAGACCGAUCGAGACACGGAUAUCACGUCCUAUCUCAAGGCGCCUGGACAGGAUGUAGAUUUGCGAGAUCUGCAUGAAAUUUGGUGGGACUUGCCUGGUGCGAAGAAGAAGCCAUCUGCAUAGCUAUGUAUCUAAUUUAUUUGAUAUCGCC